AUGAUUCGUUCAAAAUUCCCCAAACUAGAAAUACCCGGACUAGCAUUUCAUGAUUUUUUCUUCAAAGCCACGCGUAAAUAUGCUGCUGAGAUCGCUAUGGUUAAUAAUGAUAAAAAGGAACAGUUCACAUUUGCCGAAUUGACUCAAAAAGCCAGAUUUGUAGCUCGAGCCCUCGUUGCAAUGGGUGUCGAAAAAGGCGAGGUGGUUAUUCUCUGCGUGGAUAACUCUCCCGAAGCAGUAUAUCUCUUCCUUGGAAUCUCUUUAGCAGGAGCAGUGGCGAGCAUACUGUCACCGAAAUUGAGUGCAGAUGAAAUGCAUUUCCAAUUUGUCGAAUCUGACACAAGGCUCGUCUUUGCUGAUCCUGAUGCCUUGUUAGAAGUACAGCGGUUGUUUCGCGGGCUCAACAAGGUCCAUCGGGUUAUCUGCACAGGAUCAAGAGAUCAAGCUGAAGGCUACCCAAUCCUUAAUGAUCUUCAGUUUGUUUCCAACCUAGGAGUGAUUUUGCCACGCAUUCAACCUAAGCUCGAUAUUGUAUAUAUGCCUUUUUCCAGUGGAAUUCACGGAAAGCGAAAAGGAAUCCUUACCUCGCAUUAUGUGAUGAAUGCAAAGACCGUAAUCGCGUCCAAUCACCACUGCUAUAUCCAACCUGCCCGUAACGAGUUUACCGUAGCUAUGUUGCCCAUCUAUAGACAAUUGGGUCUGGAAGCGAUUUUUAUAUCGCUUCUAGCUGGGGCCACGGUAGUUACCGUAUCGAAGUUCUGUGUACAUACACUUAUGACUUGUAUCGAUCGGUUUAAGGUCCGAACUAUCUACCUCAGUCCCAUGUUUAUGUCAAUGAUGAUCAAUGAAGCGGAAAAUCACGAAUACUGUAUGGAUAGUAUGCGUACCGUAAUCAAUGGCAGCGCAGCGGUGUCCAAAGAAUUAUUUGAUGAUUUCCGAGAAGCUUUCCCUUAUGUAGAAAAUAUCAUCACCACUUACGGUAUGACCGAAAUAGGACAGAUUACUAGGACGAUGCCCAGUUUGAAAUAUUCGCCUUCAUGUGGAAGGUUGGCGCCAAAUCUGUCGCUAAAGAUCGUUGACCUUAUCACUGGACGUAUACUUGGACCAAGGCAAAAAGGAAUGAUUUAUGUGAAAGGAGUUAGUGUAAUGUCACCUUACCUGAACAAUGAUGAAGCGACCAGAGAACAAAUUCGAGGGGCUUGGAGAAAAACUGGAGAUAUCGGCUACUAUGAUGAUGCUGAAAAUGUUUAUCUUGUUGACAAAUCUAAGGAAAUGAUUAAAGUGCACGGCUAUCAGGUGAUACCGUCUGAGCUGGAAACUUUAUUAGUUACUCAUCCAGGCGUCAACGAAGCUGCUGUAGUUGCAAUUGCAGAUCAAGAAGCAGGAGAGAGACCAGUUGCAUUCGUCGUAUUGAACAAAGAUUUCCCAACGAGCACGGAGAAAAUCAUGAAUUAUGUCAAUGAACGCGUUGUCCGAUAUAAGCGUUUAGUGCGGGUGAAUAUUGCUCAGACUCUUCCUCGUUCACCAAAUGGCUCAUUGCUUCGACGAUUACUUGCCGAAGCUGCUGUACUUAGUGUAUGUAGCAUGCCGUGAAAUUUUCUCAGAACUCCAUAGCCUAGGGC